AAAAAAAAAUUUCCAAAAAAAAAAACCGACAAAAAUAAAAGAAAAAAAAAAAAAAUACUGCACACAUCUUAUCCAAUGGCUCUUUCGCGUAAUAAUUUAAGUGAAAUUCCCAAAGAUGCCGUUGAAUUAUCAGCCGAAGAAGCUGUUAUGUAUCAAUGGAAAAUAAUUAACAAUUGGGAAAAAUGGUCUGAAGUAUGGGCUCUAAAUUAUGCUCCAGAAAUUCUUGGUGUUUGUGGAACAUUCACUGGAAUCUACAUGAACAAUUACUUCCGUGGAAAACUAAAACUUGGCCAAUAUGGAAAGCUAUCAACUUAUCUGCCAAUUGUAGUCUUACCUGCCAUAACCACUUUAAUUUAUCACAAGUUUUUUAUACAAAAAGAAAUCUUAUUGGAACCUUUUCAAUGUCCGACAUGCUUGCAACUUAGAGCUGCAGCAUUUCAAACGAGUUUAGGAGUCAUUUAUCCAUCUUUAUUAGCUCCAAUUGCCUCAUUUAUGUUUGCAACUCGUCAUUAUACUUUCCGUCUUCCAUCGGUAACGGAGAAUCCAAUGGAAGUUGUUGCUGUUUUAAGAAAAAUGACAAAACCAAUUGUUCCAACAAUUGGUGGUAUAUUGUCAUUUCAUGCUCUAUUAGCUAUGUAUAUUACAUUUAAAGAAUCACAACAAUAUUUGAAUGUGCAAAAGAAAAUGCAUGAAAUUGAGGAAGAAAUUAUAGCUGGUAAUGAAAUUGAACUGUAGAAUAUUGUUAAAUUGUAAAUUUUAUUAACAAAUAAAGUGUUAUUAGUUAAAAUGAAA